CAGCCUCCGCCGCGGCGCACCCGGGCCCGGACCCCGCAGCCGCGUGCAACCCUUGGCGCGAUGGACCCGGCGCUGGCCGCGCAGAUGAGCGAGGAGGUGGCGGAGAAGGUGCUCAAGUACCGACGGGACGAGUCAGGAUGGAAGAUUUGCCGGGAAGGCAAUGGAGUUUCAGUUUCCUGGAGGCCAUCUAUGGAGUUUCCAGGGAACCUGUACCGGGGAGAAGGCAUCGUAAACGCGACACCAGAGAAGGUGUGGGGCUGCAUCAAGCCACUUGCUGGGACCCUUCGAGACAAGUGGGAUGAGAACGUGAGCAGCUUUGAAAUUAUCGAAAGCCUCACUGAUAUGCUCUGCGUGAGCAGAACCGCCAGCUCCUCGGCUGCCAUGAAGCUCAUUUCCCCCAGAGACUUCGUGGACUUGGUGCUCGUCAAGAAGUACGAGGAUGGGACCCUCAGUUCCAAUGCUAUCAACGUGGAGCACCCAUCGUGUCCCCCGAAGCCAGGUUAUGUGAGGGGCUUUAACCACCCUUGUGGCUGCUUCUGCGAGCCUCUGCCAGGGGAGCCCGACAAGACCAACCUGGUCACGUUCUUCCAGACCGACCUCAGCGGCUACCUCCCGCGGAGCGUGGUGGACUCCUUCUUCCCCCGCAGCAUGGCGGGGUUCUACGCCAACCUGGAGAAAGCCGUGAGGACCCUGUACGACUGACGUUCUCACCUGCGGGCCGAGGGCUCCCGUGACUCAUGCAGAGCUCCCGAUGGCGGGGUACCGGAGAGCCCCGAGGGCCGGUUUUCAGCCUUUGGGACCCACUUGGGGACAGCUCGUCUCCGAGAAGCUGGCCGGAGUGGCCCCCGCCGCCCCGCUCCCCUGCCCCUUCGGGGCCGGCUUGGGGGAGUCGCUCCUGUGCCCUCUCUGCUGGUUGUCCCCACACCUGCAGCCAGUGGACCCCAGGGCACGCGCUCUGGUCUGAAGCCUGCGUGUGCCAGUCUCCGCCACAGACCGCCUGCCCCCCACCCUGCCCCGUCUGCCAGAAAGAACCCCCAUCGACACCGAGAGCCAGGCUCUGCUGCCUCGUGAGUAUCCGGUGCCCUCCAGCCUGAUAACACUGCACCAGAUUUCCCCCCUUAAAAAGAUAACGGCUUGGAAAAUACUGUUUUAACAAAUGAGAUAAGCGCCGAGGAAAAAUACAUCCAGUGUUUCUUUCUGAAUCGGUCGUUUCCGCUCUCUGCUGCUGCGCUAACUGCCGUGUCCCCAGCGAACCCAGGCAGCCUGCAUCUGCGCCAAGCCGACUGCCGCCUUGGGGCGGGUAGUGUCUGGAAUGAUGGUGAGCGGGGCAGGCCUCUCCUGCCUCUGAGGAGCGCCUUCUCUCCCUCGGCGUUCGCCUUCUCCUCCCCGCUGUCUGGAGGCCGGGCUGGAGUCCCCACUCCGGGUUCUGCUCUGAGACCGCACGGCCCGCACCAGCCUGGUCCAGAGUGUGGGUCGUCGGACCGGGGAGCACGGCCUUGCCACCUGGAAGGGGCCUCGGCAGUCACACGAGGUCCCUUCCCUGUCUCCGGUCGGGACCGCUCAGCCUGCGGGUGAGGGACACCCCCGUGUCUGGCCACAGUGUUCUCGUGUCGAUAGUGAGGACAAGUGGAAGACAGCCCCCUUGUGCGCAGUAGCUUAUUCCCCACCCUCGAGUCCUGGGGUGUCUGUCUCCGAAUGUGCCGACGUGCGAGCAAACUUUGAAACAGGAAAGCUCCGUGUCAAGGGCUUAGAGAGAGCCGCCUUCUUAUGGGUUGUGAUGUGACUACAGACCCCACAGUCAUGCCGUUGGGAUGAUCCAGCUAACUUACCAAGAAAUCUUCAUCAGACUCUUGGAUUUAUUUAGAUUUCAUUCCUUCAGUAAGUACGUAGCAGGUCCUUACUCUGCUGGGCACCAGCUCAGGAGACCCCGGAAGCCGCCAUGCCGCCGUGUCGAGCAGGGUGGAAGGCCAGCCCCCCGAGGACCUGGGUCACGGGCUCCAUCGGGUGCAACUGUGCGCUGGACUAGGAGUCUGAAAACAUGCACCUGGUCCGGCGCCUACCACGCACUCGGAAUUUCUGUUCCUGAACAGUGCUUUCACCUGCCCCUGCUUCGACGUCCUGACUUUAUAGGACAAUGUGGGGACGUGAAUAGCAAUCCGGACAUAGCCUGCUGCUUGAGUCCGUGCAGAUGAAAUGAUGUAUGGUCUGGUAAGACACGGCUCAAAGCAAAGCACCGGGCAGCCUGGGAGAGGCCCUGGGGAGGGUGCGUGUCCAUGGGGUGCAAGUGGGUCCCUGGCGGUGUUUGGGGAUGACCGGAAACCGCUUGCCGAGGCGCUGUUCUGUGCCUCUCCUCCGCUCUGAAGACGUUGGCCAGGGACAGCCGAAUGUCCCAUGUAAAUCCAGCACCACGAAGUGCUAAUGGAUGAGCUCUCGUGUUAAGACCCUGCUGGCUCCUGGACUGAGGAUCCCCACCCCCCCACCCCAGCCCCUGAGCCUGCAGACCGGAAACUUGACCCGUGGUGGCGUCCUGAGUGGGGGAGAGGGGGACCUUCUGAAGCGGGAGGAGGGGCUGGGGGGACUGUGGACUCGCUCCUAGCUGUGCCCUAGUCCUGAGACAAGCCUGCCCAGACGUGCAGGACGCCUUCUCUGUGUCCCUGGCCCAUGGCCCACCCUGUGCUUCUGUGUGUAACUGGCUCCCAGGGCUGACGGACGGCCCCUCCCCCUUCCCUGGGCUGGACCACAGGCCUGACCUGGCUGCUUGCCCGGCAGUUGCCCAGUUGUCUCUGCGAGGUGGCGGGGGGCUGGGUGUACCUCUGAGUCUGCGUGGCCUCAUCGGCCAGCCCAGGGCAGGACAGGUAGGAUCCUGUGGAGUGCAUGUGGAACUCAGUCAGCCUUCCAGGGCUGGAUCGCGGCGAUCGUCGGUGUUCAUUAAACCUGAAGAACCGGUCCACACGGUGUCUCAGAGUCCUUGUCUGUGUGUAGGGCUUGACAAAAUUCAGAAGGGAUGCACAAGGCAGGAAGCAGGACGCGACUACUGUAAGCCCGCUGCUUCCCGGGAUGAAUGGGUCAGCGAGCUGAUGCCCACUGCGGUGACAUCACACACAACGUUUGCGUGAAGAGGGGCCCCCGGUGGGUUUUCUACGAGUUCACUGCCAGGAAACAGUCUUUGCUUCCUGUGGACCCUGGAGAAGCCACCAGAUUCCACUGACAUGGCCCCAGCGCUCCUGGCCUGGGCAUAACUCAUUUGCAUGUUGCCUCCAGUUUCCACCGUGAUCACGGGGCUGGGACAGGGCUGGGACGUUGCCCGGGGUCUGUUGCUGCUAAUACGCCCCUUUGUCCUGAGUGUGGCCGCCAGGCAUUAAGAGUUGAACAAACCAAAUACCCCUUUGGUCAGGCACUGUUCCGUCUGUACCAGAUCCCAGAAAAGCAGGACUUAACCUCUGCUCCGUCAUCCACCAGCUCGGAUGGGUCACCUGCUGUCUCCCGGUCUUGAUGCCCUCAUCAGUAUGUAGGUACCACUGUGAUUAUUAAAGACCAUGUCCAGGGGCGCGUGGGUGGCUCAGUCGUUAAGCGUCUGCCUUCGGCUCAGGUCAUGAUCCCAGGGUCCUGGGAUCGA